AUGAAUGCGAUGGAUUCAUCAGCUCAUGAGCCCGAACGGGAGCCGUCUUUUUGGGCUCCGGGUACCAUGAGGCUGCAAGACUGUAAGACCCUCGCCUUUGGGAACCGCUCUCAAGCUUAUGCUGUGACUCGCGCUGAUGAUUGUGCUGGACUCAAAGUACAACGAUCCGGUCAGAGAGUUAUACUCCAUCCCAUUCCGACCUCCGACCCCAAUGAUCCUCUGAACUGGUCAUCAUGGCGAAAGACGGUGAAUUUCGCCCUCGUCCUGUUCUACGUCUUCAUGACGUUCGUUGAACUCGACAUUGGAUUCACUGCCUGGGAUGCCUAUGUGACCGAGCUGGGAUUUGACUACGACCUCCUCAAUGGAGCAGCGGCCACCAACUACGCCGGCUUGGCUCUGGGGUGUAUCGUCCUCGUCCCACUGGUUCACAAGUAUGGUCGUCGUUCCAUGUAUAUCUUCAGCACUGCGCUGCAGCUCGCGUCCUGUGUCUGGUUUGCCAAGACAUAUUCGACCGGCGACUUGUUCGGGAGCAAUGUCAUCUCCGGCAUAGGCGGCGCCAUCAGCGAGACCAUUGUCCAAAUCACCAUUGCAGACCUCUUUUUCGUCCACCACCACGCUGCCAUGAACGCUUGGUACUGGUUUGCGACUCUUGCCGGCGCUUUCUUAGGCCCGGUGGCUUCGGGAUACAUUGUCGUCGGCCAAGGAUGGAGAUGGAUGUUCUGGUGGUGUGUCAUCUUCUUUGCCAUCAAUUUGAUCUUGAUCAUCUUCUUCUUCGAGGAGUCCAAGUACGUCAGCGUGUUUGUCGGCCAUGCAACGCCCCGCGAGGGUGAGCCAGAGGAAACCAGCCCCAAUGAGGGAGGCAUUUCGGUCGAUGAUAACAGAGCACGAAUGGAGGCCCAGGAGGCCAAACAGGCCGAACCCAUGCCGGUGGUUGAGAGAACCCCUGCAGAAGUCGAGAUUGACCCCACAAUCCCCAUGAAGACAUAUCGCCAACGUAUGAGCCUGAUCACCAAAACAGAUGACUCGCUGCUCCAAAACUUCUACCAACCUAUCGUGGUCCUAUUUAGCUUUCCCGCCAUUGCAUAUACCGCUAUUACCUACGGCAGUCUUUUGGCCUGGUUCGCCAUCAUGACGUCGGUGCAAGCCACAUACCUCUUCUAUGAGCCUUACAACUUUUCGGCCGCUGGCGUAGGGUUGAUGAAUCUGGCACCCUUUAUCGGUACCAUCCCCGGAACUCUUUAUGGAGGAUGGUUGAACGACAAGUCCAUCAUGUGGCUGUCAAAGCGCAACAACGGCAUCUACGAGCCGGAGAUGCGUCUCUGGCUUGCCUUACCUUCGGCAUUGAUCACCCCGGCUGGUCUGUUGAUGUUCGGCAUCGGUCUCAACAAUGGUGUUGCGUGGCCAGUGCUUGCCGUAGGGUACGGUAUUUUUGGCUUUGGCUGGGUGGUAGCCGGCGAUAUAGCUCUCUCGUAUUCUAUGGACUGCUAUCAAGACAUUAUUGGGAAUGCGCUCGUUGGAGUCGUCUUCACUCGCAACGCCUUUUCUGUGCUCGUCCUGUUCACGCUCACACCGUGGAUCAAUGGUAUGGGAUUGCAAAACAUGCAUGUCUUGGUUGCAGUCCUCUGCUUUGCCAUCCUGCUGCUCCCAAUACCCUUAAUCAUCUGGGGCAAGAAGGCUCGAAUCGCCACCGCGAAAUUAUACAAGAAGAUGGCGUCUCGACAACCUACCCACCGAGCCCAGUGA